UUCUCUCUCACUACCUCUUCCUCACUUUCCUCUGUACUGAAAAGGGAAAGAUCAAAGGAGAGGUAAGAGAACUUAAUAUGGCAAUGGCGCCUUCUCUUUGCCUGAUUUUCCUCUUCUUUGUUCUAACUCCAUUUACCCCCACAUCCUCAUCACCCGUCCAAAACCCAGAAUCGGUGGUCGAAGAGGUGCACAGGAGCAUCAACGCCUCGAGAAGGAACUUGGCUUACCUCUCCUGUGGAACGGGCAACCCCAUCGAUGACUGCUGGAGGUGCGACAAGAACUGGAAGAAGAACAGGCAGCGGCUGGCCGACUGCGCUAUAGGGUUCGGCAAGAACGCCAUCGGUGGCAGAGAUGGUAAAAUCUAUGUCGUCACUGAUCCCGGGGAUGAUGACGCUGUGAACCCUAAGCCGGGAACUCUGCGUCACGCGGUCAUCCAGGAUGAACCUCUGUGGAUCAUCUUUGCCCGGGACAUGACAAUUCGACUAAAGGAGGAGCUGAUCAUGAACUCCUUCAAGACGAUCGAUGGGCGAGGGAGUAGCGUGCACCUAUCCGGUGGUCCGUGCAUCACCAUACAGUACGUGACCAACAUUAUCAUUCAUGGAAUCAACAUCCACGAUUGCAAGCAAGGAGGGAACGCUAACGUGAGGGCCUCCCCAAGGCACUACGGGUGGAGGACAGUAUCCGACGGCGACGGCGUGUCCAUCUUCGGCGGGAGCCACAUUUGGGUUGACCACUGCUCUCUUUCAAACUGCCAUGACGGCCUCAUUGAUGCCAUCGAGGGGUCCACUGCCAUCACGAUUUCGAACAAUUACAUGACCCAUCACGACAAGGUCAUGUUACUAGGGCACAGCGACUCGUACACCAAGGACAAGAACAUGCAGGUCACCAUAGCCUUCAACCACUUUGGCGAGGGGCUCGUCCAAAGGAUGCCGAGAUGUAGGCAUGGUUAUUUCCAUGUGGUGAACAAUGACUACACCCACUGGGAGAUGUAUGCCAUUGGUGGGAGUGCUAAACCCACCAUCAAUAGCCAGGGCAAUAGAUUUCUAGCACCCGAAAACAGAUUCAGCAAAGAGGUGACCAAACACGAGGAUGCGCCAGAAAGUGAAUGGAAGAAUUGGAACUGGAGGUCCGACGGAGAUCUCAUGUUAAAUGGUGCAUUUUUCACGGCGUCCGGAGCAGGGGCAUCUUCGAGCUAUGCCCGAGCAUCAAGUCUGAGUGCGAGGCCGUCCUCUUUAGUGGGUACCAUCACUUCAACCGCCGGUACUCUUAGCUGCCGGAAAGGAUCUCGAUGCUAGUCCCAAGCCGAACAGGUCUCAUGCAUGGGACUCAGGUCUCGCUAGUGACUGAAGUUUCAUGCCACAUUAAUUUGGGUUUGUUAGUAAGGAUUUUUCGACUUUUUGGAUGUAUUUCCAUGAUAUGCGAAAUCAUUAAUGAGUGUGUUUAGUAAAAGAAGGGAAAUGCCAAAUGCCUAUGGAAUUUCCCCUUUUACUUAAUUCGAUUUUUUUAUUUUCGGUUUAUUUUUAUUGUACUUUUUGGUCCUUUGGAACUGUAUGGAAUUGCACAACCUCUGCCUGUUUUACCUUUUUUAGGGGGAAAAACAAGUGCGGCAGUGUUGAGAAAUUAAUUGAUAUUACUGAAAUUAAUUUACAUGUC